GAAUAAUGUAUGUGUCAUUAAUUGGAAGGUCAAAUGUAGGAAAGUCGCGACUGUUUAACUCAAUCCUAGCGCAGGCAGGGAAGGCCUCGAACAUACUCAAGUCGAUAGUCUCGGAAAAACCAGGAACGACCAGAGAUUCCAAACAAGCACAAUUUUACCUGAAAGGAAAUAAAAUAACAUUAGUGGAUACAGGAGGAUUUGAAGCUUUCCUGACGAAAACCCAGAAAAGAGAAGAUUCCACACUCUCCAAGAUCAUUGAGAGAGAAACGCACAAGGCAGUGAGAAGUUCAAACCUGAUUUUUUUUGUUCUGGAUGGAUCUGAAGGAGUUACUCCGCUGGAUGUCCACCUGGCUGAAAAAUUAAGAAACUGGCUUGACCAGGCACACAUUAAGCCUGAAGUCAAACUAGUGAUCAAUAAACUAGAGAAUAAAGGAUCAGAUGAGUAUUACGAAGCUCUAAGUGACUGUUUAUCAGACUGUCACACCCUGUACAUGGGUGAACCCGUGUUUGUGAGUGCUCAGGAACGCUCAGGGAUAGAUAAGCUUACAGGAAUUAUGGAAAGUAUGCUUCCAAAUAAGGAGACCAGAAAACUUGAGGAUUUGGCAAUAAUGCCAAAAAUACACGCUGAAGAGCCUGAAAAUACUCAGGAGUUGGAAGAAGAAUUGGAAGAUAUUGAGGAUCUUCAUAACCACUUUGAGAUUGAGAAAUCACUCAGAGUCUGUAAUACAGUGAAGGGAAACUAUAGACCAAGUGACAGAUGGAUUAAACUUCUUAAUAACGUGUGUGGAAUACCAUUUAUCAGUAAAGAAGAGGGUGAAUAUGUCAUUCCUUCAAUUCACUCACCUUCAGAAAGAUUAGCAAAUCUAUAUUUAUCAGAUAAUCAUGAAACUCAACCUGUAACUCCCAGUGACGAGUUAGUAAAUCUAACUUUAAAUAACUCUUUUGAAACUACUUCUUCUGAGAAUACAGAUGAACUAGGUAAGGAUACACAUAAAUUAGAUGAAAAGAACACCUUUUCACACCAAACUAUAGGUGAAUUAGAUAAAGAAAAUCCAAAUUGUAGAUUAGUAAAUAACUCUGAGGAGACUGAAUACCCUAAUUUAGAUUCCAGUAAGGAUCCAAAUUUACAAACUGAACACCCAAAUUUAGAGUCCGAACAACCAAAUUUAGAAGAAAAUAAAGCAAAACCUAAAACAAAGAUAGUGGAUGAUGUAAUAAAUCCGAUAAAUUUAUUAGUGUUGGGAAGUAUGGAUAGUAAUAGAGAUAAGUUAUUAUCAAUGCUUUGUGAGAAUUACGGCGAAACUGAAUUCUCAGAUACUUCGCCAAAUUGGCAUUCAUUUUAUUCCAACUGGCCAGUAAAAGUGAAAGAUCAGGAGGUAAUACAGCCAGUAGAAAUUGUAGUUUCGUCACCUUUGAACUUGGGAGGAAGUAUAGGGAAAUCAGCUGUACUACAGACACUUUCACUUCUUAGAAAGUGUGAUUUCGUACUUUUCUGUAUAAAUAACGAGGACGAGAAUAGGAAAUCGCAGGAUGAGACUAAGAAAGUGACCUUGUCAAAGAGAGAAAUCGCAUGGCUUUCAAGAGCAAUAAGGUUUAAUAAACCUAUAGCAAUCGCAGCCUUGGUUAGAGAAGGGUAUAAAAACUGUAAAUUAUUUCUUAAUAAGGACUAUCCACUCAGUUUUGAGUUUCAAAACAUACCAAUUGUUCCAGUGUUUCCCUCAGGAAAUCCCGCUAAAAAGUCAAUUAAAAGAUUAAAAAAUGACAUAACAUCACUGUUACACAUGAGUAAGCAGAUGAUUGAGACUAGUACUUUGAAUUCAUGGCUUAGAGCUUUUAUCGCAAAGUGGCCUCCACCUUGGAAAGACGGUUCAAAGAUUAAUUUAAAGUUUGCAGCCCAGGUAAGGUCAAGUCCUCCGACAUUUGUCCUUUGGUCAAAUGUAUUUGCCACCUUCCCUCAGCAUUACUUGAGACAGUUGAAAUUGGCACUUUCAGAGGAGUUUGGUUUUUUAGGUAUCCCACUCAAAUUCGUACUCAAAACCACAUUUAAGUAUAAGCCAAACUCCAACAAAUUAAAGUCAAUUAAACUCAAACGUCAACUCUUCAACUAAUUUUCCCUUUUAUCAAUGUACACACUAACUACAGCUGCAAACAAUCGUCAUUAG